UCGUCACUUUAUCAUUUGUGUACAGAUGUUUUAGGACCGCGAUGUGUUUUUUGUUUUUGUUGUCUUGUGGACAUAUUAAAGAUUCAAAGUGGGAAAGUCGAACUAGAUUACUUGACUAGUAACGUUACACUAAAAGUGGCACAGCCGUUAACUUAUUCUGCAACCAAAACACUGUUAUCGGGCCAGUUUAUCAGAAUUAUUGGUCUAACUGGUGUGAACUUGGCCUGGUUGUGAAUUAUAGAGGUUUAACCUGUAACUUAGCACUUAAGUGUAAGGUAUAAUAUAAGACCUGGACCUGCCAGCUUGCUCUCAGUCUGAGCCGCUGUGUGUAAAUACUGAGAGAACACGAACUCUUUCAGUUAUGUUUGAGGGAUAGUGCUGUGUUUUUUAAACGGAUAAUAAUCAGAUGGACUUCACGGAGUGCUAUGGAGACACCUGCUCAGCCGUCGCGGUGGCAGCCCGGGAGGGGAAGGUUCGACGGGUGCAGAGGCUCAUCCAGAGAGGCUUCGCGGUGGAUGUGAAAGAUAACCGGGGCUGGAACGCCCUGCAUGAGGCUGCGGCAGCUGGAUCCGCGGAGUGUGUGCGGCUUCUCCUCCCUGCAGCCGUCAAUUGCGAAGACUACGUCAACACUUUGACUCAUAAUUCAGAGACUCCUCUUUAUUUUGCCGCGAGGAAUGGACAUCUCCGGGCAGUGAAGUGGCUUAUCAAGGGUGGUGCAGAUAUUAACAGGACAACCAAUGAACUCUCCUGUCCCCUCUUUGCAGCUGUAGAUAGUGGGCACAAAGAUGUGGUGGAGCUACUGGUGGAAAAUGGGGCAGACGUCAAUGGGACUUACUCUGUCUCAGGCUGGUCUUGUCUCCAUCAAGCUGUUUACAAGGGCCAUACAGAGAUUGUGAGGUACUUGGUGAGCGUGUGCUCUCUGGAGGCCGUUGAUGACUAUGGGAUCACACCAUUAUUUGUUGCUGCACAAUAUGGACAUCACCAAUGCUUAGAGAUCGUUGCAAGUGUCGGGGCGAAUGUGAACUGCCAGGCAAACGAUCUGGCCACGCCGCUGCUCAUUGCCGCGCAGGAGGGCCAUGUACGGUGUGUGGAGCUUUUACUGGCCCAUGGAGCUGACCCCAACCUGUACUGCAAUGAGGACUGCUGGCAGCUACCCAUCCAUGCUGCGGCCCAGUUCAGCCGUCUUAGUAUCUUAGAGAAGCUGAUCCCGGUAACGAAGCGAGAAUGUGACCGGGGCGAGGGAAAGGUCAGUCCAGUUUAUUUGGCAGUUCUUAGCGGACAAGCGGACAGCCUGCGGGCCUUGCUAAAGAAGGGCUACAGUCCAGACGCCCAAAACUGUCGACAGUUUGGCUACAGCUGCCCUUUGGACAUGGCUCUGUGGUGCAACUCUUGGAAUUUGAACAGCGAGCGUCACCAGAUUCGUGAAAUCACUCUGAUGCUCUUGGCAGCAGGGGCCCAUGUGAGCUUGGGCAUCUAUGCUUUUGCGUUACAAGGCCACGUACCAGAGCACCUUCCCUUGAUCUUAGAGCACGCUGGCCUUCCUCAGGGUGACCGACUGGAAGAACUGGCCCACAGAGCCAUCGGUGAGAUGCAGAGUGCCUCUUUCUGGCUCCCCCUGCUGCUCAGAGCAGGAAUGGACCCCAUGCUGCUCCUCCAGGACAAAAUGCUUGAAGAAGCUGAGAACAGCGUGCUUAAUUUCUUUCUGGAGUUCAUUAAUUGGAAGACUCUGCCCUCCUCAAUGCUUCAGAUUCUCUCUCACCGUAGAGCAGAUGGCUCCUGGACGCCACAGAAGCAUUUCGAAUCGGUCCCUGUCCUCACCCAUCUGUGCAGACUGGCAGUGCGGGCAGCGGUGGGCAGCAGUGCUCUGUCUAAGACGUCCUUCAUCAAACAGCUGCCCGUCCCCACACUGCUUCAGGACUACCUUCAGUUCAGCGAAGUCUCAGGCUUGCUUACAUAGCGGCCUGACUGUCAAGUGUGGCUAAUUAAGUUAUCUCAACUUGUUCCACUGCAGUAUUUUGUAUAUAAUGUUAAUACAAUUUUAAUGACUGCUCAAUGA